CUUACAGAGAUCAUGGGGAGGCCUUACCCGUUUGAUGGACCACAAGGCAUUUUGGCUCAUGCUUUCGCUCCCUCUUCUGGAAUCGGUGGAGAUGCACAUUUUGAUGAAGAUGAGUUUUUCACUCUCCGUUCCUCAAAAGGAUUUGUCCUGUUCUUGGUGGCUGCCCAUGAGUUUGGUCACUCUUUGGGCCUUGCUCAUUCCAACGUUCGUGGGGCUCUGAUGUUUCCCACAUAUAGCUUUACUGAUCCGGAUCGUUUCUCUCUACCCUCUGAUGAUAUCAGAGGGAUUCAGUCACUCUAUGGCCCAAACAGAGACAAAACCCCCAUCCAAACUCAUCCAGAAGUACCAACAACUCCUAAGGCUUGUGACCCUAAUCUGAUCUUGGAUGCAGCUACAACUCUAAGAGAUGAAACAAUGUUCUUCAAGGACGGCUUUUUCUGGCGUAGUUCUCCGAGCAAAAGUGUGACACAACUUCCGAUCAAGCAUUUCUGGCUCAACGCUCCUAAUAAUAUAGAUGCUGCUUAUGAGGAUCCGGUGCAAGAUAAACUUUUCUUUUUCAAAGGUAGACAAGUCUGGGCAUUUAAUGGCAUUCAUCUUGAGCCCAGCUAUCCCAAGACUCUCAGCAGCUUUGGUCUGUCAUCAUUGGUGAGAAAUGUUAGUGCUGCCGUCCAUGACAAAUCCUCAGGAAAAACACUGCUCUUCAUUGACAAAGUUUACUACAGAUAUAAUGAGAGGGCAAAGAAGAUGGACAGAGGGUAUCCCCAACUAGUGGAAAGUGGAUUUCCAGGGAUGACUGCAGAGGUUACAGCAGCCCACAUAUCCAACGGUUACAUUUAUCUCUACAGUGGGACAAAUGUGUAUGAGUUCGGAUUAUACAGUAAGAGGUUCUUGCGUUUGCUGAAGAACAAUUUUUUCUUGCCCUGUUAUUAGUUGAGCUUCCCUGAAGGAAGCGGAUGUAAAUUUACAUUUUUUAAAUGCAUGUAUAUAUUUAAACAAAUUAAUUGUUCAAUUAAUUUCUUUAUUCUGCUGUUUGUCACUGGACUUCUAAUAUAACUUAAAGAAUGCAUUUUUACACAAUCAAUUUAAUGUUGUUGUUUUUUAAUAAACUAAA